UGAUUCCCAUGAUGGUGCCCGGUGAUUACCGAGUAUCUCUAAUGGGGAGGAGGGCUACGUUGUUUACUAACAGUCCUCCUCCCUAUCUGCUCGGGCACACUGCUCUGGAUGGCUGUGCUUAGCCAUCCAGAGCAGUGUGCUUACAGUGAAGCACCAACACAUCACCCCCCAGUAAAACACUCCCAACACACAGUUAACCCUUUGAUCGCCCCUCAUAUUAACUCCUUCCUGCCCAGUGCCAUUAGUACAGUGUCGUUUGCUUUUUAUUAGCACUGAUCACUGUAUUGGUGUCACUGGGGAUGUCAGUGACACCAAGUCAGUUCCCCCCAGUGCCAGAAUGCCUGUCGCAGUCCCGCUAUAAGUCGCUG